CCCGACCGUCCUCAUUCCACGCCCGAGAACUCGCAGCGGAAGGUCUUCCAGUGUAUCGUGGAUGAAACUGCACUCAUAGGAGGUGUGAAGAAGAGCACACGCGAUGGCAUUCGCAAGUGGGUGUCACAGGGCGCCAUACGCCUCUAUGUCCCGCUCCACACGCUUAAACAGCUCGAGCGUCUAAAGCAGGGCAACGAUCGCUCCAGCGCCGACGCUCGCGAGGCCAUCAAGUGGCUCGACGACAUCACCUCACUACCUGCCGUCGUAGCGUCUGGAAGCGUUCAGCUUGAAGGCGUUGAUGAACAAUUCGUCUCCUGGGAAGAGGUAGAACCCUUCCUUCUACCAGAAACCCUCCUAUCUCUUGAAAAUUCAGGCUCCGAGAUCACGUAUGAGGAUGAUCUGGAGGAGUCAUUCACCCAUUUGGACAUAUCAGACGAGACAUCCAUGAGCUCGUCUCACAGCUUGGAAGACCCUCCUAAGACGCCACAAUCUACGACGUCCAUGUUCUCAAAUGAAGAUACCAAGAAAGAAGUGGAGAACCAUUUCCACCCCAAUUCUGCGGCUUUGAUGGUAGGAUCUCCUGACAGGACUGCCCGCAAUAGUGUUGAAAUUCCAGGAGAUGACAGGAUGAGGGGUUCCAAGUAUGUAGUACCCGACUAUCUGAAGUCUCUCUUCAACCACAUUCUAUGGCGAAUCCAUAGGGAGAAAAAUCCAGAUGCCGCGUUGGAAUCGUUCAUCCUUUUGACAAACGAUGAUGCCAAACAAAGCAUUGCCCAUAAGUUUGGCAUCAGGGUCAAGCGCCUGGAACAGAUGCGCGACGCCAUCGUGCACGAAGAUCGCGAAUGCCGAAAUCGCAUGGCGUACUUGAAAAUGGAUCCACGCCGUUCAAGGCCCACCAACAUCGAUGCAAAUGUACCCUCUGCACGACCCAAAUCCGGCCCAUCCGAUGUUGAGGAUGAUAGUGAUGAGGAUGAGGUUCUAUUCAAGCGCGCACCGAGGGGACCUCAAGCUCCUCAAGCUCAGCAACCACGGGCACCGGAAUCACUUGAUUCUUCCGGCUUCAAUCAAUCCAGCCAGCAACCAGCAGGUCGUGGACGAGGCCGCAACGCCCGAGGAGGGAACACAUCUCGUGGACGUGGGUCGUUCCCUCGUGGACGAGGCAAUGCUGCUGCUCGAGGCACAUAUGCACCGCCUGCUGUACAAAUGCGGACUGCAGCAGCAGCACGCACUAUUGACCCGAACCAACCCAUCGACCCAAACUCUUUCUCCCGCCCAAAUAUCCGUGGAGCCAGCGUCCGAGGCAAUACAAGAAAGCUGUGGGAGCCCAACUAG